CCCAGGCAAUGCGAGGCCUCGUUUGUUGCAAGUCACGUGGUUUUCAGCAAGACAGCACAAGCCUCGAAGCGGGGCUUCUUCGGACACGCCCCCUUUUUACUCGUUACAAACCUCGAAGCCAGGAUUCAGAUAGCCCAUCACUACAAAGAGGAGAAAGAAGUCAAUCUGGAACACGAGGUCAUGGAAGCUCGUUUCAACCCCAAAGUUCUGCUGCACAGAUUAGAUGUCAAGCAGAUGAUGGCGAUUAAAGAAAAAGCCCCUGAAUAUCACAGAUCUUGUGCUGACCUCCAUGACCCUGAGCUCCACCACAUGGAGGAGAAACAGGAGGGAGUCUGCGUCAGUCUGGGGGCGGAGCAGCUCAACAGGAAGGAGGAGAUCAAUGCCAUCAGGUUUCCAGCCUUUGGCACUGGUGAAAAUGAUAAACAGCCCCCUCUGCUCUCACAGUUUUAUCAAGACCAAAUUAAAGGCAGUGAGCUUCCAGAAGAGAAUAAUGGGGGAAUAUCUAUUACUAGGCAAAAUCACGGAGAUGGUUCCAUUUCCAUAGGCGCCGAGGACAACGGAGAGGACGAUGAUGUAGACGGGCACAAUGCCUGCGAGGGGAGCAAAGCUCCCGAGUCGGAUAGAAAUAUUGUUAGCAAACCUGUUUGCUCAUCUGAGGGUACUGAUCAUUUUCUUCACGGUCGCUCUCCUCAGAAACACGUGACGCAGUCAGAAAUGGAGUCUUCAACCUCUGAGGAUAAUGCGUGUUUUACAGAGAAGAAAAAUGUUGACUCACAAAAGAAAGUACAGACAGGAGUGAGGAUUGCAUGUGAAGACUGUGGUAAAGCAUUUACUGGAAAAACAACUUUAAGUGUACAUAAGAGAAUCCACACGGGAGAGAAACCUUACUCUUGUGAUCGAUGUGACAACAGAUAUAGCCAUAAAUUAAGUCUAAACAUUCACAUGAGAAUCCACAUGGGUGAGAAACCUUUCUGUUGUGAUUUAUGUGGACGAAGAUUUGGUUCUAAAUCAUGUUUAAACCGACACAUGAGGAUCCACACAGGACAAAAACUGUCCUGCUGUGAUCUUUGUGGAAAAAGAUUUCGCGAUCAAUCAAGUUUAAACACUCACAUGAUGGUUCACACAGGACAGAAACCUUUCUUUUGUCAUCAAUGUGGGAAGAGAUUUAGCCAAAGCGCAGGUUUAACAUUCCACAUGAGAGUCCACACGGGAGAGAAACCUUUCUGUUGUGAUCUAUGUGACAACAGAUAUAGCCAUAAAUCAAGUCUAAACAUUCACAUGAGAAUCCACACGGGUGAGAAACCUUUCUGUUGUGAUUUAUGUGGACAAAGAUUUGGUUCUAAAUCAUAUUUAAACCGACACGCGAGGAUCCACAUAGGACAAAAACUGUCCUGCUGUGAUCUUUGUGGAAAACGCUUUCGCGAUCAAUCAAGUUUAAACACUCACAUGAUAGUUCACACAGGACAGAAAACUUUCUUUUGUCAUCAAUGUGGGAAGAGAUUUGGCCAAAGCGCAGGUUUAAAAAUCCACAUGAGAGGCCACACAGGAGAGAAACCUUUCUGUUGUGAUCUAUGUGGACAAAGAUUUACCCAGAAAUCAAAUUUAAACAGACACAUGAGGAUCCACACUGGAGAGCAAACGAUUUCAGUAUGAAUACUCGAUCUGCACAGCUUCACUUAGCUGUGAAAUAUUUGUACGUUGUCUAUGGUCUUGACUCAAUUUCAACUUGGGUCCUGUUUUGUUUUGCUUUUAUUUUAUUCUAAUCUUUAAACAUUUUACAUCAUUUACAGAUUAUGAUUAGAUUAGAUUAUAUAACCGGUAGUUUUAGCCAGUCACAUUUUAUUCCGUGUAUUUCAUUGAUUGUUCAGAUUGAGCUUUAGCACAGGUCUGUUUUGAGUGUACCCUGAAAUUCCUUUUUUUUUUUUUUCUUUACCAGACUUGUUUAAUUAUUGAAAAUCGUUUGAUAUAAAAAAAUAAUUUUUUUUCUCUUAUUAUUGUCUGAAGUAAGUUAAUUGUGAACAUGCAUGGCUUUUAUUUUCUAAUAUCACAUAAUCCUACGUUUUUAUUAUCUAUUCCUGGAUUGUUGUGAUUGGGUAAGAUGCAUUACGUCACUUCCUUUUGUUGCCGUUGCACUGUGUGGAUGUUUGAGACUCUUGAUUUAGUUUCUCUGCCCUGAGACAUUGCUGACAUAAGCAGAUUAAAGCCCAUUUUCUAUAGCUGCACUCUACUUUUUGGGAACCCUUUGUAGUUCACAAGGAUUUUCUCAGUUUAAGCACUUGAUAGCUUAGUUAGAUUAGCAUCACCGCUACUUUCUGUACUGCCGUCUGUACGUCUGUCUGGAUCGCCUCCUUUUGCCUCAUUUUGACAUCUUAAAACAUACCUGUUGUAGCAAUUUUCUCCAUACAGAUGUAGAUGUGUGUGUAUACAUUUUGAAUUGGGCAUGUUUUUCGCGAUGUAUAAAUCUGAAAUAAUUUUUGUGAAAUUCCAUCGAGUUCACCCCAGAAAAAAAAUGAGCAUGGGUUAUGUACGUAACUCCUAUUCCCAAAUGGUUCACUAAGGUUUCAAACCACUUUUCUAACUUUCUGUAUUGGCAAUCUAUGUUGCAGUGUUUGUAGCUUGUAAAUAAACAAAAUAAGAGAUUUC